UAGCCACCGAGCUCCCAUGACCGGUACGCCGUUUUGUGGUUCAUCUGUCUGAACACGCUGUUGGGUUUUGUUCUUUUCCUCUUGCUUUUUCACACUUGCAGUGAGAACAGCGGCAGGAACAGCACCUCUGAAUGUGAGGUCCAUCGUGGCAGCCUGUGGGACAGCGACGAUGAGGAGCUAGCACCGCUGUCGGCUAGGCUGCAGCCGCGACAAGCCAGCAGCAGUCUACCAAAUAUGAAGACAAGCCCACAGGAUACCAAGGCAAGCUCACAAGACACUAAGACAAGCCCACGGGAUAUGAAAAUGAGCCUACAGAAUAUGAAGACAAGCCCACAGAAUGUAAUAACAAGCCCGCCGAAACGGAAAAUGGUACACAGAAUUUCUGACAGUGAGGAUGAAGACGGGCUUCCAGAUCUGGGACAUGUAAUUGGUGCUUGUGUAGGAGCCUGGGGGGACCACUCGUCCUCUGACCAUGAAUGGUCAGCCUGUCCCCGCAGUGCCUGCGGCAGACACGGUUACACAUGUCGAUGAAGAGACGGUGGCGGCGCCGGUGUACACCCAGCUGAAGGCCAAGCGCGUGCGCAUCACUCCUGAAGAGCGGGAGGCCCGUCGUGUUGCCAAGGAGCUUGAGAAGCAGCGCAAGGCCAUGGCUACCGAAAUGGGGCGUGCCACCAAGCCGGGACAUUGCAUGAAGUACGUGACAGCGGUGUUGGACUCCCGGCUUCUGGACGACGAGGCAUCCCUGCAGCUGCUGUGCGAGACUCUGGAGCAGGCAGAGAUCCGCGCCGAAGUCCAGACGCUGCCCGUGGAGCGUGCCGUCUGUUGGAGGCGCACUGCACUCUCCCUCAACGAGGAUGACUGCUUGUUGUCCAGGGAACAGGUGGAAGAGAGAGACGUCAUGGUUGUGCUUCCCUGGGACCAAUUCCUGCACCUGGUUGCGUCCCAGAGGCAGGCAGGUGCCAUACCAGCCAUUUGUAGCACACUGGAAGGCACUCACGUGCUAAGCAGCACUAAGAUAAGGAUUCUAGAUCCUUCGAAGAAGCAAAAGAAAAGGCUUAACAGGAUUGUGGCUUGAUAUGUACUAGUAGGUCACUCUUGUAUGGUAGAUCUGCUCGGCAGGGUGAUGGUUUGUCUUGACAGAAAAAAAAAAAAAAAUUGAGAAGCAAACUUUUUUUAUUGUAAUUUCUUUCAUGCAUGCAGUAGUCACGCCAUCGUUGUAACUUCUCACGUGCUGCUCUCGGUGCACACUCAACAAUUUUUGUUGGCUCUAGGGUUGUGUGCCAUGAUGCACGACUCCCAUACAGUGCA